AUGGCCCUGGGACCGACAGCGGAAUCAACGAGUUUUCUCAUGACAGUAGGCUGCGGUGUGAGAGGGCGAAAGACAAUUGAAGCAUUUGCCGGUGCCUCCGAGGGAGACAAGGAGGAGGUGGAAGCCGACGUCUUCGAGGAGGGGGGAGGCGCAGGCGCCGAAGGGGUGGCCGCCGGGUUCGGGGUGAGCACCGGCGUGGGGCUGGGGGAGGGGGGCAAGACGUCGGGAGAGGGAGAGGGAGAGGGAGAGGGAGAGGGGGAGACGGGAGCCAUCGCUGAAAUGAAGAGUCUUUCCCUGAUAAACUGCAUUACAGUGAAGAAACAGCUGUUAAGCUUGCAUCCUGAAAUGCUGCUGUUCCUAUCAAAAAUCAUCCAGGCUGUUAGGGCUCGUUUGGUACGGCUCCGAGGAGAUUCGGCUUCUACACUGUGUAUGACUGUAGCGUGCCAGAACCGGAGCCGGCAAACAGCUCCGGGCUACAGUGUUUCUACAGUGUUCCAUGUCAGGGUGUCAGCCGGAGCCGGAGCUGCGUGGAGCCAUACCAAACGGCCCAAUUUCCAGGCAGCUCCGGCUCCGGCUGAAGAGAGUGGAAAAGGAGAAGAAGAAUGUGGUUAUUAUAUGUGGAGGCAGAAAUUCCCAGUCAAGCCAGAGAAUAGGGUUGAUAAAUGUGCUGAAAUCGAUGAAUGGGUGAUAAGCCUGGCCUUUUCACAUGGUCAGUGUCUGUCCCGUGGGAAGCAACUAUCACCUGGAGUCUAUGCUUUCCUCCCUACUGAAAUGGUAGCAAAUUUCCCCUUCAUCAUCCAGGCUGACUUCCUCCUUGCAUCAUCAAGGGAGGCAAUACUGUUCGACAGUCCAUGGAACAAGGGAAUUCUCGAGUGUGUUCCAAGUGCUUUCAUGAAUGCUCUUGUAACACUUGUGAAGUCCAGAGCUGCACCUGAAAUGUGUCUGCCAUCAAUGUUCAAUUUCCUACCUGUCAAUUCUUCAUUGAUUCCACUGCUUGAGCCAGUUAGGUCUGGCAUAAAAAACAAGGUUCUCGCCGAGGAUAUAGUUCCAUGUGAAUCUUAUGCUUCACAGAAGAUAUUCUGCAAGCCCAGUGAAGUUGCACGGCUUAAGCCAGCCUUUUGGACUAUCCUUGGCAAAGCAUGGGAAUCUGGUGCAGAUUUGAAGAGUCUGUCAACUCAUGGAACCUACAUUCUUAGUUCCCAUUUUGACAAUAGUAGAUACAACAGUGUGCUUGAGUUUCUUGGUAUCAAAAGCAUGAGCACUGAAUGCUGGAGCAGGGAGUUUCCAUCUUCUAAUCGGUUCUUUCUCCAUCCCAGCACACAGGCUGCUCUGGAUAGUUUCUCAGAGAAGAUGACAGUGGAAAGCUGGCUUCGGAACCAUGCAAGAAUGGAGGUUAUCUCUGUCUACAGUUAUGGAUUGACUGUUGCUGCUUCCUGGAGUAUUGAUCGAAGGCCUGUCAUUGCUUUUGCACACUUUCUGUACCACUCAUUUAAGAUGAAUUAUAUAGAGAAGUACUGGUUAUCAGAACUCUGCCAUGUCAUGCCAGUAAUUGACAGCGGUGGCCAUGUUGUCAAGGAAAGAAAAAGCAUAAUAGUUCCAACCAAUGGGAGCAAAUGGGUUGGUUUGUUGGGUGCAAACCCAUGGAGGGACAAAGGCUACAUUGAAUUGUCAGCAGAUUACAAGUCAGUAGGCCAUUUUGCUGGGAACUACACAUCUAAGGAUCAGCUGUUGGAAUUUCUCAAGAUGCAUCUGCAUGCCUCAGAUGUGCCAUUCAUACACCCACCAAAUGCGAGGUUCCAUACUGUCUCAUUGCCUCUCACAGUUGACAAUGCAUUCUUGCUACUGGAAUGGAUACGGAAUAUCAAGUCAAAUGGUGAACUCAAGGCAAUUGGGGUGAGAUUUGAAUUUCAGGAGGCAUCAUCUUACAUUGGAAGCCAUCUCAUGUCUAUGGCUGCAAGCAACGUGUUAACCAGAGACUGUGUGUACUCCUUGCUUCGGCUCAUUCGGUUCCUACGAGAGAAGGUUCUAUCUCCAAGUCAAUUGAUUGACAGUGUCAAAGGUGGAGGUUGGAUGAAGAGUACUCUUGGCUAUAGGUGUCCUUCUGAUUGUAUCAUCAAAGAUUCAGAAUGGGCAGUAGCAUCUUGUAUCAGUGACCAACCAUUCCUUGAUGUUGAGUUCUAUGGUAGGGGCAUCCUUCCAUAUAAACCAGAGCUGGAGUUGCUUGGUGUUAUUGUUGGGUUCAAAAACAAUUACCAUCUUGUUAUUGAUAACUUCAAGUUCAGAUCCUCUGCUAUUACUUCUGAGUCUACUGUAUUCAUCCUCAAAUGCAUCCGUUAUGUUGGUUCAUGUCAAGAUUUCAUGAGGAAGCUCAGAGAUUUGAAACGGUGCCUUGUGAAGAUCUUCAAAGGAGUUCCAAUAAUUGAUUUAGGAUUUUAUGGGAGUGUGAUCAGUUCAUACAAAGAAGAGUUGAAGAAGGCCGGUUUGAUCACACGAUUUGAGGAGGCAUCGAAGGCUAUAGCCAAUGUUUUCAAGCGCAUGGUAUCUGAGUCAUCACUUACGAAGGCUAAUGUCUUAGCUCUACUACUAGCUUAUCGGCAGCUGAGAACACACAGCCCACUUCCUGUUGAGCUUUUCAACUGCAUGCGCACAGAGAAGUGGAUACACACAUCACUAGGGUUCCAAUCUUCCUCAAAUACAAUCCUAUUUGAUAAUGCAUGGCAAUAUGUAUCUCCCAUAGCAAUAUUACCGUUCAUUGAUGAUGGUGACACUUGUCAUGGUUUGGGGAAGGAUAUAUACGGUUAUAAAGAUGAGCUUAGGGAGUUGGGUGUUACUGUUGAAGUGAAAUUUGGUGCCAGAUUUGUCCUUGCUGGCCUCAGCAUUCCUGAUGAUCCUUCCAUUAUGUCCAAAGCUACCAUUUUGUCGUUUCUGGAGUAUGGCCCUUUCAUCGAUGAUGCAUUCUAUGGUUCAGAGAUAGCUUCAUUCAAACAUCCCCUUGCGAUGAUUGGAGUGACUGUGGAUGUUAAUUGUGCACAAGAUCUUAUUGCCCAGUAUCUGAGGAACAAAACAGAUACAGAUACUAUUUCCCGGAUCUACAGCUAUCUGAAGAAAUGUGACUGGAAGCCUGACAACAACAACAGAAAUUGGAUUUUGAUACCAAAUGAAACAGAGGGUGGAGACUGGGUGCGCUCAAGAAGUUGUGUUCUGUAUGAUAAGAACAAUCUAUUUGGCCUGCAGCUGCAUGUUCUGGACAAAUAUUAUGACAGAAAGCUGAUUGAAUUCUUUUCACUUGCUUUCAGUGUGAGGCAUGGACCUUGUUCUGAAGACUACUGCAAACUAUGGGCCACAUGGGAGAGUUCAGUCCACGAGCUAGCCAUAUCUGAUUGCUUCGCUUUCUGGAAAUUCAUUGCAACGAACUGGACCAAGAAAACAGAGGAAAUUCUUUCUGGUUGUGUCAAGGUUCCAGUAUGUACUGAUGGCAAGAUUAUUUUAUCAAACAAGGAGAAUGUGUUCAUUCCUGAUGAUCUACUGCUGGCAGAUUUGUUCAGCAAGCAUCCUCAGCAAUCGCUAUUCAUCUGGUAUCCUUCUUCUGCUCUACCUUCCAUGUCUCGAGCAAGGUUCAACCGCAUAUAUGGUAGUAUCGGUGUCAAGACGAUCUCAAAAGCAGUCACCAAGAAUGAUUCCUUCACUUCAGCUAAUAGCCAUUUCAAAACAGUGGUUCUGAGUAAGGUGAUCAAGGUUGGGUUGCUCCAAAUAGUCAUCGCAUUCCUUUCGAAUCCUGCUUUUGACAUUCCUGCCGAAGAUAGGCACAAGAUGGUUUCUUGCCUCCUGAAUGUGACUAUCAAAGAGACCGAUGAACCGAUCACAAUGGCAUACAGUGUGAGUUUGUCCUCUGGAGAGGUGGUGGAGGUGAAGGCCAGACGAAUGCUUAGGUGGGAAAGGGAGAAUUCAAAGCUGUACAUGCAGAGAACUGAUGGCGUAUCCAGCUACGAAGAGAAGAUUGAAUUUGCGACCUACUUUGCACAUGAGAUAUCUCAUGGGUUGCUGUUUCAGAUGCCAGAUCAGAUAUCUUCGCUCGCUGAACUCAUAAAAAUUGGCAGCUUACUGGACUUCGAGCCUGCCGCUGUUGCGUUCUUGCUGAAGUUCAAAAACCUGCAGCUGUUCCCAGAAGAUGAAGAUUUCCUGUUUCGUUCAAAAAAGAUGAAGAUUUCCUGA